CAUACACCAACAAUAACCAGCGCGUCGUACGUUCCACUGCACACGAACGGCGUACGCACGCAUCACCACCACCACCACCACCACCCCAUCUUCGUCUCCGCACCACUCUCUUCGCCGGCGUGCAAUGACUACCUCGACGCGCCCUUGCGCCGGCGCAGCGGCCGCGUUCCUGCUACUAGUGCUCUUCUCCUCCGCCGCGGUGUCCCUGGCAACGGCCGCCGGCAGGGAGAGCAAGCAGGGCCAGCACGCAGCGGGCGCGAGCGUGUACGUGGUGAUGGUGAAGCCACCGGCCGAGGGCGUCGACUCCAAGGCGUACCAGAUGGGCAUCCUCGCCGCCGCGCUCGGCAGCGAGGAGAAAGCCAAGCAGGCGCUGAUCUACAGCUACAAGGCCGCCGCCAGCGGGUUCGCCGCCAAGCUCACGCCGGCGCAGGUCGCCGCGUUGCAGGAACAUCCUGACGUGCUGCAGGCGCUGCCUGACGUCAAGUACACACUGCAGGACAGCAACCACCUCAACCGAUGAUUUCAGUCGAGCGUGCUUUCCGACGACCUUCACCAACCUGCAGGAUUAGCUGAUGACCAGCGCUGCCAUAUCUAGCUUCACCAUGUAUUACUAUCUCGUAAUUCACGCGCAUAUUAUGGGAGUGUUUGGUUGCUCCUGCUAAAGUUUAGCCCGGGUCACAUCAAGCGUUUGACUUUUAAAUAGGAGUAUGAAAUAUAGACCCAACCAACUGGACUAGAUUCGUCUCGUCUUUUAAUCUUCGGCUGACAAAUUAGUUUUAUAAUCCGACUACAUUUAAUACUCGGAACGGAGGUUCAAACAUUCGAUGGGACAGAGGCUAAAUUUUAGCUGGGUGUAACCAAACACCCCCUAUAUAAGUUGGUGUGCACACCACCCUAGGUACAGUGUCUGACAGUAGUAGAAACAAGAUACACGAGAUCAUAAUUUAUAUAUCCAGCUUGUGUGUACUAGCUAGUGAGGGUAAUCUAUUAGUCUCUCCUUCACAAAUGUUGAAUGAUGUGCAUGUAAUUCCAAGCAUCAAGUGCCAUAUAUACAUGCAGAUAUAUACAGACUGGUUCCCCGCA